CACAUAAGCGCUGACUAGACUUUCUGUUAAAAACUAACGGUCAACGCCAGUAAACUCUAACAGAAAAAUAGUUUAGGACACAAAUGUCAUAUAGAAUACUUUAGGACGCAAAUGACACAAAAUUAAUAGUUUGGGUUUCUAGUGGUAUUAGCCCUUAACCUUAUUACCAUCAUGAUGUACUCCUAUUCCAAAUUUGGGUCCUCAAAUUUUGUGAAAUGAUGUCAUGUGGUGCAUUAUAGCACCUAUGGGCCUUGGUGUCGCGUAUAGGCUUAGUAAUUAGGAUUAUUAUUAGUUAAUUGUUAAGUUAUUAUGAUUAUUCUUAUUAGUUUAUUAUGUCUUGUUGAGUAAGUUACUGUUUACUUGUUGGGUUGGGAUUAGUUUACCUUAUUUGAGAGGGAAAGGGUUAUAGAGUAGUUCUAUAAAUAUGUACGUUGUUCUUUGGUUUUGGGACGUCGAUGAAUAAUAAACCAGUUUAGUAGUAUUCGUGGUAAUUUAGGAGUAGAAGUAAAGUAGAUUAUGGUUCUCACGACGCGUGAGAAUCUAUCACGCGCCAAUUGGUAUCAGAGCCUGGUUACGAGGCGAUGAACACCGAAUGGCUCUCCAGGGAUGACCUCAAUCGGCUAAUCCGACUGACCGAAAGCGCCCUGUCUUGUUGCGGAAGGAUCGUGACGGCCUGUGAGAGAACAACCGCAUCCGCUGCCCUCACCACCACGUCACCGCCAGCACCCAGCUUCAGCGUACCGCUGCCGCCAUUAGCCGUUCCUCACGCCACCACAAAAGCUGAUCGGUUCCGCUCGAUCGGUCCAACCAUCACGCCAAAAGCAGCGCCGACCUUGCUUUCCACUCCAAGACCACCACGGAUGGUCAUCGCACCACCAUCGCAGCUUGGAAAAACCCUAGAACAACACGACAAGGUUUCGAAGCCACCAGAGAGUCUCACGAUUCCGAAAAGAUUACGAAUCAAGCGAGACCCUAAGGCGGCGAACUGGAAACUUAGGAAGAGGAGAGAACAAGCUGAUGUUGGAGUUUCGCAUGCGGUUGUCGCCGUUGAAGUCCGAGCGGAUUUGGUUUGUACAACCCAGGAAGGUAGGGAGUUUGGGGACGAAAUUGAUAGCGUAGCUGACACGCCGAAACACAACACCAAUCUGCGACCAAGUGUAAUCGCAGACCGGGAAUGCAGUAACAGGCAAGUUAUAUUAUCAACCCGCGGUCUAGAUCUACUUCUUACUCCGUGAUUCUCUAUUAUCUAGCCAACUAAAGUAAGUGAUUGUUGUUUAAAAGCAAAAGCAGAAAGAAAGCAGGAAUUGAUACGGUUUUCUCAAGCAGGUAAGAGUCACUCGGGAAUGAGUCCCCCUAGCUCCUUAGUUAGGUUUCAAUUGUAUUUCCCUGGGUUGAUUUACUGUUGAUUAGACUGCGGAAGAUCCGACAGUAGCUUGGAAUCUCUUAAGCUGACCAAGCCCUCUUAGUCUAUCUACCCGGCAGACGACUAGUCUUCACCGAGAUAGAAAGCUGAAGCAGUAAGAACAGAACUCCACCACUGGAAUUAGAUUCCAGUACAAAGCAGUACACUGGCUAACUCUCGUAUAGCCAAUCUCCUACUACCGAAUGAUGAGACUCUAGCAACCUAAUCAGAUUCUAUCUAUCUCAGAUUGCAACAGGAAUCAGGAAAAGUUGAUCAGACUUCAAUUGACUCAAUAAACAUGCAUCAUUCGAUUAAAAUCAGACAGUAAUAUCAUCCCAAGUCAUUACAAUCAAUCCCUAACACAUAGAACUAGGGUUCUUCAUCCCCAAGUGAGAGAGGGGUUCUACUCCAUAGAGAGAGAGGAAAACAAGAUACAAAGCAGACAUACUCAUAAUUAUGGGAAGAAUCUGCUCUGGGAUGAUGAUUUCCACUCCUAUGACGAUCUCCAAGCUUGAUUUGAUGAACCCCAGCUCCAAGAUAGCUUCUAGGAUGUGUUCUUCUUCCUUUCUCUCUCUAGGGCUCUGUUUUUGCUCAAAAAGUCCGCUUCCCUCUCUUGCAGCCCGGAAUUGGGUUAAAACCAGGAAUUCCCGACUCACACGGGCAGGGCCACACGGCCGUGUGGCAUACCCAGUUGCCCGUGUGAGUCAAAACGCUACGUUCCAAUUAGUUCGAUCUUCAGGCUUCUCACACGGCCAGGGUCGCACGGCCGUGUGGGAUUUCCAUCUGCCCGUGUUUGCUCUCGGCGAAACUCGCACGGCCAAACCACUCAUUCACACGGGCGUGUGAAAAUCAGGGCAAGCCGUGUUUGCUCUCGCACAAUCUCACACGGCCAAAGUGGUCACUUGCACGGCCGUGUGAGUUGUGGGUGUGCCCGUGCGACUUCCUUUGUGACUUGCCUCGCGCCCGAUAUUCGCCCAAUCGACCCCGAACUCGCUCCUAAACCUUCAUUCACUUGCCAGGACCUGAAAUAUCACAAACAAGCACAACCUAGCGUGAAAUCGGUCUAAAACACGAGAAACCACAACUCAAACGGUGUAAGAACAGGGGUGAAAACAUGUGUAAUUAACGGUCUAUCAAACUCCCCCACACUUAACCGUUUGCUUGUCCCCAAGCAAACCAAGUCAGACACAAGGUAAGCUUACAUAUUUCAAUCAACCAACAUUGGGGACAAGUCAUAAAGGCACAGAACACGUGAAUCAUACUGGUUUUCAAACAUCAAUACCUGACCAACUUCAAUAGCAACCUGGACAACCACCACAAAGGACAUUCGAGUGCAGCAAAAUCGAGUAAAGGAAGAGUCUCCCUUCUGUUCACCAACCAACCUAGACUUGACUCAACCACUUACUCAAAACAGUCAACUCAUGCAUCCAACUCAAGACAUCAGAAUAGAGACCGAGCAAUCUAGGUCCUCACCGGGGUACAAGAGUAUAUAGAAUAUGAAAAUGAAUCACUCACUCUCGACCAGUGGGGUCAGGACAAUUUGAUGCAAAAAAUGCGCAUGUUAUUU